AUGACAGUCAUAACGCUGCUGGGGUUCCGGGGCAUAGGGCGGUAUAACUCUGUGUGUUUCUUCAUCCUGCUGUUAGUGUACAGCUUCAUCCUGCUGAGCGACCUGGUGGUCCUGUAUGUGAUCUGCUCCCAGAGCAGCCUCCACCACCAGCCCAUGUUCAUAUUCAUCGCUGCGUUGCUGCUCAACUCCCUGGUGGGCAGCAGCACCAUCCUGCCCAAGCUCCUUGUGGACCUGCUCUCCGCCUCGGACCCCACCAUCUCCCUCUCCAUGUGCAUCCUGCAGGCCUUUGUCAUCUACUUCAUCGGCGCCUCGGGGUUCACCCUGCUGUCCCUCAUGGCCUACGACCGAUACGUCUCCAUCUGCCGGCCGCUGCAGUACCACACCCUCAUCACCAUGGCCCGGGUGAGGGUUAUGCUGGUGGGGGCGUGGCUUGCCCCUGGCUGUCUGAUCGGUGGAGCCACUCUGCUGACCAGCAGGGUGCCGCUGUGCAGGCUGGGCAUGGAGCGACUGUACUGUAACAUCUACUCACUCGCCAAGCAGGGCUGCGGGGACAUCCUGCUAAGCAAUGUCUACGGCAUGCUGGGCGUUUUCCUCACCGUGUACCUGCCCAGCCUCUUCGUCUUCUACUCCUACGCCUGCAUCCUGGCCGUCUGCAUGAAGAGCUCCAGAGUCUUCAUUGGCAAGGCCCUUCAGACCUGCCUUCCUCACCUGCUGGUCUUCAUCAAUUACUUCAUCACCACCUCCUACGAGAUCAUCGGCAGCAGAACGGAGGCCGACCCUCGCAGCAUGGCCCCCACCCUGGUGUCCCUGCUCGUCAUCAUCAUCCCCACCAUGUGUAACCCAAUCAUCUAUGGCUUGAAGAUGAAGGACAUCUCGAGGCAAAUCAAACGGCUGCAUAGACUGCAGAACACACAUUGA